UUUUUAACCAGGUUAACGCUUAUCUUCGAAAACACACGCGACUCGGGCUCUGUGCUAUUAACGGUCAAGAAAUUGAAGAAGAAGGACAGUCCGCCAUGUGUACUCGUACGCGUGGUUGUCAAAAAAAAGAAAUUCAGUACAGAGAGUCUGUGUGGCGUGCUUCCUGCAAAGAUUCGGUUCCCCAGUGGUCAGGUGUCAAACAACGACGUCGCCAGCUUCAACGAAAGACUGUUUGUGGCGUACCGAAGUCAAUGCACCGCGCUUAAAAAGAAGAUAAAGAAUAGGGGCAAGAAGACGGCAACAAAACACAACCAGCACACCUAG